AGAAGACAGCCAAAGGCGAGUCUUCUUAAGAUAACGGUGACUGUUGUUUUAAAUGACUAACAACGCCACAUUGCUGUGUCAUUAAUCAUUAUUAUCGCUUUUUAGUUUAGCGAUUUUCCAUGUUAGUUUGGUCGAAACACCUGCAAUUGUAGCUGAGACGUUGAGCUUAAGGAGUCAUGCUGCCAAAGCGAAAGAUGGACUGAGCUGCGGAAGCUAGUAUUAGCCAGCUAGCCAUGGAGGAGGAUAGAGAAGACUUGAUGUUAUUGUUCGUGUUAUUAUUCGUAAAAUGAGUUGUUGUGGACUGUUGUGCGCACAAGUGCAGUGUGUAUUUGUAUGUUACGGUGUGCCCUCACGGUCCCGAGUAUGUCAGCUGUCGUGUUCAUCCUCUGCUGGCUGAUCUCAUUGUACUGUGCAGGUCAAAGCAAAGCUGCAGUUGUCACUUUGCAGCCAUAAAACACGCUGCACUGCUGAUUCCAAUACUGAGUCCUUCUGACGUGCAGUUAGUCAUCGCCGGGUAUCUGUUUGGACAGUCAGUAUGAGCUGUUGAAGGAUCAGCUGCACUUGGCAUCACAUUAGGGACUGGUUCCUCUAGACUAGGGACUGGUUCCUCCUCACUUGUAUGGGAAGCUGUGCCAGGUGUUGUAGCAGGACAGUUGUAAGUAAGCGAUGGGAGCAUCAGUGUCGUGCUGCAUCUCUCCGGGAGAUAGUCCCAAAAUCCACAGGAGGCAAGUGGAGCUGGACGAGUGUCCCAUCACAACCACUGAGGACCUGAGCGAAGACACCGGGACCUACCUGCAGCACAUCAGCGACCGAGAGCUGCCUGAUGAACUGGCCCAGGAAGCCAACCCAUCAGACCACCCGAGAGCCAGCACCCUGUUCCUGAACAAGUCUCAGACAGAUGUGCGAGAGAAACGGAAAAGCAGUUACCUAAAUCAUAUGUCCCCGGGACUUCUGACAAAAAAGUACAGUUCCUGCUCGACAAUAUUUCUUGAUGAUAGCACAGUCAGCCAGCCCAACCUGAAGAGCACCGUCAAAUGCGUUGCGUUGGCCAUUUACUAUCACAUUAAAAACAGAGAUUCAAACCGCUCACUGGACAUAUUUGAUGAGAAGAUGCAUCCUCUCUCCAGAGAGAAGGUUCCAGACAACUACUCGGUGGUGGACCCUGAACACAAACUCAUCUACCGCUUCAUACAAACGCUCUUCAGCUCUGCACAGCUCACUGCCGAGUGCGCCAUCGUCACACUGGUGUACCUGGAAAGGCUGCUGACUUACGCGGAGAUGGACAUCUGUCCAUGCAACUGGAAGCGUAUUGUUCUUGGCGCGAUCCUGUUGGCCUCCAAGGUCUGGGACGACCAGGCUGUGUGGAACGUCGACUACUGCCAGAUCCUCAAAGAUAUCACCGUGGAGGACAUGAACGAGAUGGAGCGUCACUUUCUGGAGCUUCUCCAGUUCAACAUCAACGUCCCAGCCAGUGUUUACGCCAAGUACUACUUCGACCUGCGCUCGCUAGCUGAUGACAACAACCUCAGCUUCCCCCUGGAGCCGCUCAGCAACAAGAGAGCCCAAAAACUGGAGGCCAUCUCCAGGCUGUGCGAGGACAAGUACAAGGACCUCAACAGGCUAGGCUUGAGGAGGUCCGUCAGUGCUGACAACCUGGUUGGUGCGAAGAACACGCACGCUGUUCUGUCCUAAGUCUGGGACAGUCCGCUGUGAUCAGGAGGAGGAGCAGCAGCAUUCCUAAAAACAUUUCCAAAGUAAUUACAUUAAUAUCACCAUAUAUUAAAGAAGAAGAAGAAGAAACCCUACAGUUUGAGACAUUCAGCAUGGACACAGAGAACUUUUUGCCAUUUUUAAAGCAUGAUCAUUUGGUUUUGCUUCUACCUUCAGAAAGAAUCGCGGUGAUUCUGCAUGAAAAUCAUCUCUGAAGCCAAAUGAGUUCAAGUUUUCAUCUUCUUCCUUUAGUUUGACAGUUGUCAAUUUUGCUUCUUUGACUUCAGCCUCCUCCUCCCCAUGCGGUCCUUAUUUGGAAGACCACAGACCAUCUCGAGCUACCCUGUGGUGUAGUUCUUCACGUGGACAAAGAUUAGACUUUGUUUUGCUUACUGUGUAGGCCUCUAUAGCUGUGAAAUGUUCCAGAUUAUUUAAAUUCAAAUAAAAGUCAGUCGCUGUUUAAA